AUGCAUCUGAGAGAUCUCUUAUCCAGACGCGACAGCGACUCCGACUCGCGGUCCGUUGCGCCCUCCGAGACCCAGUCAGAAGCCGCCCAUCGCUAUGACAUGCUAGCAAAAGUCCAGAGUGCCCUCGCCGGCAUCAUCGGCUUGGGCGCGUUACCGUCCAUCAUUCCACCUGGCAGAGAACACCAUCACUGCAGGAAACGACCCGUCUUCAUCGCUUGGCAUCCCGUGGCGGACAACAUAGGAGUGUUGUUUGCCGAGCAUACCCGACUGGGCCAGGCUAUCACCAAGGAGAUGGGCGAGUUUCCGGAUCCGACGAAUCACUGGGCUGUGAUAGUGGGGGACCAGGAUACGGAUUAUUAUCAUGAGUUGUGGAUGGAGAAAGACUUCACAGUGGUGAACCAGCACGGCUUAGUCGGAACACAGAAGUGGACGAACAAACUAAAAGUUGGCGAGACAAGGUGGAAUGAUCAAGCCGUAUUAGCAGCCAGCAACAAGGCAAUCAAGAAGAUGAAUCCAAGAUACGGCUUGAUCGAUAACAACUGCCAAAUCUUCGCCUCCCACCUGCUCCUCGAGCUAGGCAUCGAAAUGGGCGAAAACAUCAAUACAGCCAAGGACAUGAGAAACAAGUUACUCGCAGAAUUCAGCAAGACAUCCUGGCGCAAGAAACUGGCCAACAAGGACUGGCAAGCCCCGACAUUCCUGAAAGUGAAGGAGAUUCGGCGAAGUAUCAGCCCUGCCUUUGGGCGAAGUGUGGAUCAAGAAGAACAACAACCACAACAUGAGGAGAUGGUGAUGGAGGAGCGACAAGCCAAGUUCCGACCUUUUAGUUGGGGAAAGAAGAAGGAAGUGGUUGCGCAACUUCCGACGCCUCCAUGA